GCUGAGGAAGCAGCGGCAGCAGCAGCAGCAGCAGGAGGAGUGGACGCAGAAGAAACACUCACAGCAUCUGUACCAAACGAUGAAGGUUGUGUCAGAUCCAACGGUGUUUGCUUGAAAAUAAGGAGACAAGCGGAGCAGCUGUCGUCAUGCAUUAAACACAUCCACGCUUGCUCGUGUUUGUUCACAGUAUGGGUUUGUGAAUCACGCCUUGGAGCUGCUCGUCCUGAGGAAUUAUGGGCCGGAAGUGUGGGAAGACAUCAAGAGGGAGGCUCAGCUCGAUAUCGAGGGGCAGUUCCUUGUUAGGAUUAUAUAUGAAGAUGCCAAAACGUACGAUCUCGUAGCCGCUGCGAGUAAAGUUCUCAAGAUCGAUGCGGGAGACAUCCUGCAGAUGUUUGGGAAGAUGUUUUUUGAAUUUUGCCAAGAGUCGGGAUAUGACACCAUCUUGCGAGUGUUAGGAUCAAAUGUUCGUGAAUUCCUGCAGAAUUUGGAUGCUCUACAUGACCACCUGGGUACCAUUUAUCCCGGCAUGAGAGCUCCCUCGUUUCGCUGCACCGACGCCGAGAAGGGAACCAAUCUGAUUCUGCACUACUACUCGGAGAGAGAGGGCCUGCAAGACAUUGUGAUUGGCAUCAUUAAAACCGUCGCUCAACAAAUCCACGGAACAGAGAUAGAGAUGAAGAUGAUCCAACCGAAAAGUGAGGAGUGCGACCACAUCAAAUUCCUCAUUGAGGAGAAGGAUUCCGAGGAGGAGGCGUUCUACGAGGAUCUGGACGGCUUCGAGGAGAACGGCACGCAGGAGACUCGGAUCAGUCCGUACACGUUCUGCAAAGCCUUCCCGUUCCACCUCAUGUUCGACAAGGACCUGAUGCUCACGCAGUGCGGGAAUGCCAUUUAUCGAGUCCUACCACAGCUUCACCCGGGAUCGUGUAUCCUUCCUUCAGUCUUCUCUUUGGUCCGUCCUCACAUCGACUUCAGUUUUCAUGGCAUCCUUUCCCACAUCAACACUGUGUUCGUUCUGCGAAGCAAGGAGGGCCUGCUGAACGUGGAGACAGUAGAGAACGAGGACGAGCUGACGGGGGUGGAGAUCAGCUGUCUGAGAUUGAAAGGACAGAUGAUUUACUUGCCAGAGGCAGAGAACAUCCUUUUCCUUUGCUCACCCAGUGUCAUGAACCUGGAUGAUCUUACACGAAGGGGUCUGUACCUGAGCGACAUCCCGUUGCACGACGCCACGCGGGACCUGGUGCUGCUGGGCGAGCAGUUUCGCGAGGAGUACAAACUGACCCAAGAGCUGGAAAUCUUGACGGAUCGUCUGCAGCACACACUCCGGGCCCUGGAGGACGAGAAGAAGAAGACAGACAGAUUGCUCUACUCCGUCCUGCCGCCAUCUGUUGCCAACGAGCUGCGACACAAGCGGCCCGUCCCGGCGAAACGCUACGACAACCUGACAGUCCUCUUCAGUGGCAUUGUGGGAUUUAACGCCUUCUGCAGCAAGCACGCCUCGGCCGAGGGAGCCAUCAAGAUAGUCAACCUGCUCAACGAUGUUUACACACGUUUUGACAUCUUGACGGACUCUCGCAAGAACCCCUACGUAUACAAGGUGGAAACAGUGGGUGAUAAGUACAUGACAGUGAGCGGCCUGCCAGAGCCGUGCACACACCACGCCAAGUCGAUCUGCCACCUCGCUCUCGAUAUGAUGGAGAUUGCUGGACAAGUCAAAGUGGAUGAUGUACCAGUACAGAUUACUAUCGGAAUCCACACCGGAGAGGUGGUGACGGGGGUGAUCGGCCAGAGGAUGCCCAGAUAUUGCCUUUUUGGAAAUACGGUCAACCUCACGAGUCGUACCGAAACUACUGGUGAAAAGGGAAAAAUAAAUGUCUCAGAAUAUACUUAUCGGUGUUUGCAGUCUGCCGAGAACGCCGACCCUCAGUUUCACUUGGAGUAUCGAGGACCCAUCACCAUGAAAGGAAAGAAGGAGCCGAUGAAGGUGUGGUUUCUGUCCAGGAAGUCCACUGACACAGAGUCCACCACAGUGAGGGCUUAACGGUUCAACUCUUAAAACAUCGUGAGUGUCGUCUGAUGAAGACUUCAGUCGAGGUACCGUCCAGGGAAAUGAUGAGGCCGGGAUGAGAUUGAUGAAGAGUGAUAAUGUAUCCACAGAUAUUUUUAGGAAAAUGAGCCACAGUUUUUAUUUUUUUGAAGUGGACGUGAAAUGAUGAUAUGUUUUUGCGGUACAUUUUCAUUAAUAGUAAAGGUUAUUCAUACAGUAACAUGGUACAUUCAAGUUUGAUACAUACCAUUAAGGUUUUGAUUAGCAAACAGUUUUCAAUUAUCUUAAAUAUUUUUAGUAAUUAAUUUUGUUUGUUCUGAAGUCUGAAGUGUGCCAAAAAAAGUCAUUCACAAUAACUAAAUGCAUUUAAAUUCAUAAUUCAAUGACAAUGAGAAAAUCUUUAUUUAAGAAGUUUAAUACAGAUGCUAACAAUCAUAAUAAAACACUUUUUACUGCUUUUCAGUAAAAAGAAUAAAUAACAAUGAAUAAUAAAAUGACAGUGCCAUUACAUUACUGCUGCUAUUUAAGAUAUAUAAGGUUUUACACUAAAUAUAUUACAGAGGCAUCAAAACCAUUAAGAUAAACACAAUAUUAUAACUAUUGUUUUUAUAUAGAUUUCAUGUUCUAAUUUGAUUCAUAUGUUGAAAUUCAAAGAUUUCAUUUAGUUUAGUUCUUAAAAAAAAACCUGAUGCAGUGUGGAGCCGUUAUUGAACCACUAUCAUCAUGUAUCAUCACUGAAUCAUAAUGUAGUCCCAUAAAUAAAAAUGUGCAGUAUACACUAGUUUAUAUAAUAUAUUUAUUGGACCUCUCUACUUAUUGCACAUUCACUUUUUGUCUGAUUCUAUGAAAUAAUAUUGAGUAUUUUUUCCAUUCAACUCUUCUGUUGUUGAAAUACUAUACUCAGUGAUUGACUUAUUUAUUUUUAACAUCAUGUUACUUUGUAUUUAUUCUUUUAUUUACUUAAGAACUAGUUUUAAUGUACUGAUCACCUUUAGAAAACAAAACGUAGUACAUUUUAUCACAGUAGGGAUGACACUACUGUAUAAGUAAAACUUUGUGCUUUCUGUGUUUGAUUAAUUUCAUGUGCGUAUGUGCUGUACUUUUCCGAAAUUUUUGAUAAUUCAUUUUAAGUACACUGCACAUAAUGUCCUCUCCUAGAAAUCCAGCUUUUUGUGCAAGAAUCAAACCGGUGCCUCAUGUACUGUACAAGUGCAUUUUGUGUGGUUGUAAAACACGAUUGUUUUAUUAUUGUUUCUGUUUUGGAGGUUAACUAAUAAAAAUAGUCUUGACAAGU